AUGAUGCAGGCGACAUUCACUUCUUUUGUGGCUUCCCUCCCGAACUGUGGGGUGGCGGAGAACAAAGAAAAUACCGUGGAUUAUGAUGACGAUGACAGGGCGACAAUUUUGGCAUGCGACGAAGGCAGCGACGUAGAGACGUGCUCAACGCAUACGGCGCUUCUCUCAGAUGAUUAUGACGACACAGCCGAUGCUCUCUGUGGCGCCAAAGAUGGCGCUGCGUCCGAUGCGGAAGUGCCACACUGCGGUGGAAGUCAACCACCGCGUUCUGUGUCGAAUGCCUUGAACAAACACCCUCGAGCAUCGGCCUCAUUUCUUGAGGUUUGUCUUGUGCCUAGCACAACACCACUGCGCCCAGAAGGAACAGAAAGAGAGUUAACAGAAUUUGAAACGGUUGGGUUUCCGCAACUGUGCACGUACUGGGAGAUGUGCGAAUGUGCGGAGAGGUCGAGAGGGGUGCGGCAGUUUUUGAUUCCUGCUAAAGAUGAAGUCUGGUGGGGCUCUGCCGCUGCACCCCCACCGUCGGCAAGGCUUACUUGCGUGUAUCAAGUUGGACGCAGCGAUAUUCCUGCGGCAGUCGGGGGUUUAAAUGUGCCUCAGUCACGCUGCUCGGUGUCCCGUGUGCACUGCGAGGUGCGGCUGCAUUUCCGCCUGAUGACGAACCCACUCGCUCAAGACCAUAACGCCACGGCACCAAGCGGUCCCAUUUACAGCUGGAACUCCUUCGAUGUUGUCGAUUGUUCCUCAUCCAAUGGGACAUUCUACCACGCGGUAAGAUUGUUACCAUCACAUCGUUACACAUUUUCCGUUAAAAACGGUGUUGGCUCCGUGGAGCUCAUGUUGGGGGAUCAUUAUCGGCUGCGCAUUCAAGCAGAUGGCAUCCCCUCCGAUGCAUCAGAGGAGAUUCCAACCGGCCACCAUGGCGCCACCAAACCUGUAGAAAAGUUUGAUGCGGAAGUGCAGUGGACGUUUUCCCCUAUUAUACGAGUGGCAAGGCGCGUGCCGUCUCAGUCGCGGCGACCGCCAAAGAAGCCUGUUGCUGUGGCCAAAAGCAGGAGUCGAGCAAAGUGCAGGAAACAAGUGAGCUUCAAGAGCGAUGUUGAGCCAUUCAUCCAACCUCCUUGUGGUGGCGCGGAGUUGGAAUCAAAUGGCAAAUUAAGGAUUGUGACUACCGGGCUGCGUCUCACAUCCGCAAAGGAGACAAAACUCCGUCGUUUGGGCAUUGUAAUGAAUCCCCCCAGGUCGGAGUUUGGCCGUGCGAGGGUUCUUGUAAUCGAUGGACCACUGAUGCGUAGUGUGAAACUAUUGACGGCUUUGCCAUUUGUGGAGCACAUCGUGGACCGAGCGUGGCUUGAUGCCGUUCUUGCAUUGCCAUUGAAGAUAUCCUCAGAGACGACAACGUCAACGGCAACACGAUUGAUGGAUUUCGCAUCAUUCCCGUAUUCGGAACGACGCACACGGCGAAGUAUAGAAACUGUUAACGCCUUCUCCUUACAGGAGCUUAUACAAGUACCUGCUUGCCAGCGUCAGGCACUUUUUGCUGGCCAGCUAUUUUGGGUACAUCCAGAGGCUGAACCACAAGACCCGCCUGAUAACGAUCUCAAAUACGUCAUUCUUGCUUCCGGUGGCGCUCUCACGAAGGAUGCGAGUUGUGCCACAGUUGCAGUGAUGCCACAAGUGAAUGUGACGAGCUCAAUGUGGGGCCAGGCCUAUUCCUGCCCCCAAGAACCGUUGUGUAUUUUUAUAGUUCCCAACGAUCUCUUUUGUGCAGUUUUACAGCAGCGUCGUCUGACGACGUCAACUGUGAGAUGCCCCGUUGGUGUCUCUGUCUUGCCACCAAGCCCGACCACCGCAAUGCUUCGAGAAAAACGUAGUUUGUCUUCGCCGCGUGAAUCUACAAAAAAGUCAAAGAGCCGCCGCAAAUGA